UCAAUAGCUCAUUGUGGCUUCUUUCCAGGUGAGGGAUGCCGUGGCUGUCAUGCAGCUUCUCAUGUGGUUGGAGAAGGUGGUGCCAGCGGGAAAACAGACGGAGCUGAGUGCCUCUGUGUAUGUCAAUGACUGUCGAAGCAAACAGAAGGACAACAAGGGCCCGAGUUUUGAGACUAUAUCAGCAAGUGGACCUAAUGCUGCACUGGCACAUUACAGCCCAACAGGAGAAAGCAACAGGAAGCUGAAAGUGGAUGAGAUGUACCUGGUUGACUCAGGUGGCCAGUACCUAGAUGGGACCACUGACAUCACUCGGACAGUCCAUUGGGGGACACCCACUGCUAUGCAAAAGGUAACACUUUGAAUCUGAUACAUAGUCAUAGUAAUACAGUGUUGGCUUGAGA